AGCACGACUGCACGACCUUCGCUUGCUUUCCUCCCCUCUGCAUCUGUAUUGUAUCACCCUAUGUCUCUGUAAUUUCUAUCCUGCUUCAAUCAUGUCAUCUCACGAGUCUCAACACGAACCGGCGCGUCUCACAAUUGAGACCACCUCGAUAUCAGAGGACGCGUUUCCGGAUUUCUCAGACCCAAAUCUCUUCUCUGCGAGCAGUCCGGCACUUUCGACAGACUUGUCCGGCGAGGUCCACUCCAUGUCCGAGCGUUCCUCUAUCGCGUCCCCGGGCGCGUCAAGUUCCCAAUCUGCAUCGGCAAAUUCGUCUGGAAGCAGGUUUCUGUUGAAUUUGCCCAUGCCCGCGACAAACUCGAGUCAGACAAGCUUUACACUUUCCGAGGUCAGCGUAGGCGGUGACGAUGGGGCUUUGGACAGUCUCUCUCCAGACAUCGCGUCGGCAGACAUCUCAAUUUCGGCGGAUGGCAGCUUCGUCGAGACGACGUCCGGCCCGGCUGCGCGUGAACUAAAACGCAGAUAUGACCAGCAUUUAGGUGUUAAUAGGGACAUGCGCUCUCCAUACGCCAUUACGGCGAUGAUUAAUCAACACGGGAAACAGGUUUACCGUGUCGGGAUGCGAGCACAAGCUCAAGCUCAAGAACCAUCGCCCACACCAGAAUUGGAGCUAUCUUCAUUGAGAACAUCGCCGCCCGCAUCCCAGGCACAGAGAAAGCGAGUUUCCCGGAUGAGUAUCACCUCCGUGUUCAAGUACGCACAGCCGCAGCGCGCGCCUGAAGAGGUACGCGCUCCGUCGAUGUCUCCCGGGGCCCCUUCAGGCCAGCCGCGGAAAUUGCGGAAGCCACGUUCCAUUCCGGAUCUUACUUCCGCGACGGGAAGUUACUUUGGUGAUGCCGUAAAUUCUCAGCCACUCUCAGCGACGGGCCGUGCGCAUUCACAUAGUGUCACGGGUGCGGACAUGCCUCGCCCGACGGUUCAGACGGCCGGCGUAGCAGAGACGCCUGCACGGCCUACGGGUGACGUCUUCAGCAACGUGAUGGGUUGGUUAGGCGCGCCAGCGUCUCCAAUGACGUCCAGUGGCAUGACGCCUUCCUCGCACAGCCUAUUGACGCCUAGCGACACACCAUCACAGUCUCCGCUGGAGGUAGAAUGCAUAGAGCAUCCCUUUGGCCAGAACGUUUCCUUCGACUCACCCUUUAGGAACUCGGCUAUUUACCUGCCGUCGGUCAUACGGGAGAUGCAGUCGUUUGAAUCUGCGAAGACUGCCCGUGCAGAUCCUCAUUCGCGGAGUCUCGACGCAGAAGUGCAGCCGGAGACUCCGCAGCAGCGUCCCGAUUCGCUCGAUUCACUUGCCUCCACCAGGACAGCCGACAUGAACGGCAGUGCAAGAGCAGAAUCCAUCUCCGAGCCGCGGGCCGUGCCUUCAGAAGCGAGCUGUAUGUUCACCCGAUAUCCGACGGCGGUAUUUGACGUGAUUCAGAAUUAUCGCGGACUGCCGAUGCUCGACGCGCUUUCUGCGACGUCACGCCAGCCGACAAUUAAGAUGAGCUUGUCCACUCUGGACGGAGCUGUACCGCGUGACGACCCCCGGUUCGUCAUUUGGGGCGAGGUCAGCGCAUUGAACGACAGUGCAAGUGCUAUUGAAAAGGGGUCACUCCCUGAGAGUGCUUCUGCACGCUCGAGACCGCAGUCACACACAUUCUCUGUUCACUCGAGAAAGCGGAGUCUGAAGGGGAAGUCGCAUGGACCCUCGGAGGUGCCUGAGCCGUCACCGGAGCGCGGAUCUGAGGGCGGCUCGAGUGCUGAUGGUGUGGAAAGUGCACAACGCGUGCUUAUGGCAGCGACGAUCGAGCGGUGGAUAGCACAGCUCACGAGCCAAUUCGACUAUGACGAACUACUGAUAUUCUACUUGACAUAUCGGACAUACAUCGAUUCGGUCGACUUAUGUCAUCUGCUAAUAUGCCGUUUCCACUGGGCACUCGAGGAACCAAUGACUUCGCAUGAAGUCAUGGUGAAGCAAAUCGUGCGCGUACGGACGUUUGUUGCCAUUCGGUAUUGGUUGCUUACGUUCUUCCGCGUUGAUUUCUUACCCAACCGGGAGCUGUGUUUAUUGUUCGCCAACUGGUUGAACACUCUAUGGAGAGAUCCUAUUCUGGAUAAAUAUAAUGAUGCUAGGAACAUUGUCAAAAAGCUGAAGAAGGUAGCAAAGGACUGCAAGGACGCUCAUUCGCGCGUGACCAAAUCCAGUAAGGAGCCCGAGAAGAAGGGAAAGGUUAUGCAGUCGAUCGACAAGAUCCUGGGAGAUCUCUCGAACGGAGUUAACUUCGCUGCAACGCUCCGCAAAGUUAGCGCUGCACAGCAUGAAGAAGAGGAUUCCGACGUUGAUCUGGACUUUAAUCCGGAUGAGAGCUCGCCCUUCUCUGAUGUCGCUGGUGUACAAGGUUUCGCAUCUUUUGCGAACCAACUUGGUCCUGGCGACGCGCCGUCGUCGACCGGUGCUGCCCAACCUGGGUCUGAGACGAGCGUUGCUCCUCCCAGCCGUCCGAGCAAGUCGGCGUCCCGAAUAUUGCUACAGCAACCUCUUCAUUUGACGAUAUUACAGCAUGCCCGCACGGUUCAGCCAGGAGCGGCUCUUCCACUAAUUGGUGCUCCGUCAUCAAUGCCCGUUCACCAUACCUCGCCUCUUUCUCGCGCAGUCGUCAGAACUAUUGGCCGUCUCGGCCGCUGGAAACGCGUUCUAAGCUCACGGGCUCCGGCGACGCCUUUAAGCCCAACUGACGAUGGGCCCCAUGCAUUUGACCUUGAAUUGAACGAAGCCGGCGAUCUUCUCCACGUGCGAGGUGGGGUCGAACAGUAUCUGAAGAUGAUCGAUCCAGCACCCGUGUCGCCAGUAUCACCAGUAUCACCGGUAUCACCUAGUAACAGUAUUCCUGAGGUACCACAUGUAACCGUAUCAAAAGCUUCUAAUGGUACACAGGAAGAGCCUCGGCCUUUAUCUCCUUCCCCGACCCCGUCACCUCAAGACACGGAACCUGCUACAAGAACACCGCUAGCAUCACGUGCUGAGCUCCGACCUGACAGUCCUGCCUCCAAUGGGGACGUUACUUUGUCUCAGAGCCCAGCAGGAGGCUUUGUGCAUAAGUCUCUGUCUCGCGUACGCUCCUCGGAGCCUGCAGAAUCGAUUCGGUCUGGUUCAUCUGGUUCCCUUCGUUCGUUCGAGACUACGUCGUUCUUGGGUAAUCCUAUUCCUAGGCAAGAGCGGUUGUUCCCUGAUGUAGUGUCUAUUGACGAUCUUGACUAUCUGUCCGAUAACUCGUCUGAGAAGAGUGGACCAGCUAUGCCACCUGGUCUUCGCCCCACGAAGCGGUUGCCGAACCGUCGCGACUUCGAGUUCGUGCAUCGUUCAGUUGACAGUGUCUCAUCCAUGGGGAUAAUUUCCAGAGCUUCCGUUGCCAUGUCGGAGCAGCCAGAUUCUGCACGUUCGUCAGUCUCAUCACCGCGGGGACUCGGAAACGCCUUGCAACAGUGGCAGGUAAACGCGUUGAUUGACGAUCUUUCUGAUGAUGAGGGAGAUGCAGGUGACGCGGAAGCUGCACUUCGCCGACUUGAAGGACAGAUUAAUCCGAAUAAGCAGCGGCAUAAGGAAGCGAAGGUAGAUGGGUGGGUACGAACUAUCCAAGAGCGGAUGGCCGCUGGUGAUUUUGGUGACGAACAGCCUCGGAAUUUGUUCCCUGAUGAAGAAGAAGACGAUGACGAUGCUACGUAUGUUUCUGAUGAAGAGUACGGUUCGGAGAACAGGAGGCAAGAUGCUUCGAUCUCCGAGGAGGAUGCGACGGUGUCUCUCCCGCGGUCAUCGUCAGAUUCUGAACGUCCGACCGACCUGUCGAUGGGGACCAAUGGACAUAUUGGUCUAGAGCCUGUUACGCCAACUCCGAGGCAGACACAGCACCAGAUGAAUGCUCAUGUUGGACACCCUACAUCCGAGGCGAAGCCUAGGAUCGACGAAGCUGUGCCAGAAGAGAUACUUCUCAGCCGUCUCCCGUCCCGUAAUACGACUAAUGAACCAAAUCCGAAAUCCUCACCACCUCAGGGUGCGGGCCAUCCUACGUUCUCCAUCGCGAAAGUACCAUCUACUCCAUCUCAUCGCUCCUUCAUCCUACACUUCCGAGCUGAAUUGCUAGCACAACACUUCGCCGUCAUCGACAAAGAGAUCUUCCUCGGAAUCAAGUUUGAAGAACUCGUUUCUGAUGAAUGGUUGUCCACCACGGAAGAUUUCAAUGUACGAGAUUGGAUGCAAUUUUUGCGGGAUCGGAGGAGGAAGGCAGAGCUACGUGGGAAGGGUAAGGUUAACGUCCUUUCAGCUGCAAGAGCACGGUUCAACCUUGUUGCGAAUUUUGUUGUAUCGGAGGUUGCCUUGACUAACCCGCAUGACCGAGUAUAUGUUGUUAGCAAGUUCAUUCGAAUUGCUUGGAAGGCGUAUACUCUGAACAACUUCGCAACACUGGCAGCCAUCAUCUCGGGUUUAAGCAGCGAAUGGGUACGCAAAGCGAUGAAGCGAUCCUGGAAUCGAGUGGGUAGAUGGGAGACUCGAGUGUUCGAGGACCUGAGGGCGUUCUGCACGAGCGAGGACGAUUUCCGGUAUAUUCGCCAGGCGAUUGCAGCAUUAGUAAAUGCUAAACCGCUGAGUGCUGGUGCACAAGAGGACUCCACAACAGCGAGCACUGGACCCUCCGAUAUUGCACCGUCAAGCACGAAGAGCAGAGCUACCGCAGAUGGAAAGGCAGAUACACCAACUUCGUGUGUCCCAUUCAUCGGUGUCUAUUUAUCUCAACUGCACCGCUACAGCCGCCUACCCGAUCUCAUCGACCCAUCUGCACCCACCGAAGCAGUCGAGACAGACCGGGAGACAGGGAACUUCAAAUCUCCAGCGCAUCCAGAAGUCUUCGAUGACCUCCGACCUCUACCUCCAUCAAUGCAAAUUGAGCCACUCAUCAACAUACAGAAGCAACGGCAAAUUGCAGGUGUAAUUAAGGCGCUUGUCGCUGGUCAGCAUCUCGCGAACAAAGUCGAGGUGGAUGUGGAUAAGAGGCUACUUUCACGUUGUUUGAAGCUGAGCGCAUUGGAUUUUGACGGGUUACAACGAAUAUUGGGUGUUUAUUCCGAAUACUGAACUCCGAACAUUCCCCAUGCUGCGCCACGUUCCCCACCACUUCAACACCCCGUUCAAUACUUUUGACUUUCGGUUACUUAUCUAUUUUGAUGACCCCUUGUGAUGACUGGUCAUAUGACUAGAAUACCACAUGCAGCUCGCCUUCCCAAACAAACAAAUCAAUUUUUUAUUUCUUCUUCCCUUUUUUUAUUCCUCGCAUUUCUCAAACCGACAAUACGUACGUACACGAAUAUUUGACACGAAGUUACUGAAAUCUUUUCUCGAUUUUUUGGGCUUGCAUUGACAUACAUAGAAUUUCUUUCACUUCAUUUUCUGCCCUUUCAUUUUCUGCUGUUUUAAGUUAAUGUGCGGGUAUGUUGAUGGGAUUUUUUUAUCAUGCUUUCAAUCUUCUCGUGCAUAGUCCGCUUGAUGGCGUCGUUACAUUUGCAUUUACCUGUUCUGUGUUGCAGAUAUAUAUAA